GCCAGCUGCAGUCUCUUCCUGGCUGUGGCAGUGAGAGGUUACGCGCGCCGCCCCGCCGCUCAGGUCUUGUUGCCACCCCUUUCCUACCACUUCUACUAACUACCACCACACCCACACUACUAAUACUUAACCCUCCUUCCCCUCGGGACAUGCCUACCACCCUCUACACGCUUAGCGAUUGUUUGCUGCACACCAAACAUCACUUGUUAAGCCAAUGACAGCCACUGUUCCGAGGACGACCUCUUAAGUGAUAGCUGCUGGACUUUAUUGGCGUUGCUAAGUGCUCCUUUACUACCUCUUAAUAUUGACGCUAUCAGUUCUUCCUCUACAACUAACAACGAAUCCAAACGAAUCCGCACGAAUCCGCUUGUCAGUGUUAACCGUAGGAUAAGGAUCUAGCUGUGAAGUGUUACUAGUGAAUAAAUAUAUGUAAUUUGGUUAAGAAAAUACGGUUCAUAUAUAAGUAUCCUUUAACAGUGAAACGUGACAGGAAGGAUCAGGUGUGUGUCUUGGGGCAGAGUUUAGCCAUCCUGCGGUGAUCCAAGCAGGAUUUACCACCCAUUUUAGUCUAGCCGUCACUGUUAUCAUUGGCAACUGGCCUAAGUCGCAGGCUAACAGUGAGUGGAAACAGAAAAGCUAAAGUUCAACAGGGGUUCUCGGCCUGUACAAAGCUAAAGCCGCUGGGUUUUGUUUUCGGCCGACGAUGGAGUGUGGAGCUGUAUUUCGUCUGCUAGGACGAGGCCGGGCCAGAGGACCUCUGUGUUCCCUUGUGCUGACGCCGGUGAUAUCCAGGACCUCCAACACCUUAACUCAGCUGCCUCUUCCCGUCACUGCCGCUCUCCCGUGUGCCUCCGUCAGCAGAAGAUGGUGCUCCUCCUCCUCCUCCACCUCCUCCGGCGACGUCUCCACGCAAGGUGUGACAGUAGCAGUGUGCAAUGGCCUGCCGCAGCUGACAGUGCCGCUGCCCUCCAGGAGAGACCUGUGUCGCUUCACAUUGCGGCCCGUGACCCACACGGUCCAGGACCUGGUGCACCAACUCACCCACGAGGACCACGGCAUUGACAGGGUCGUCCUUAAAACCACAGAUGGAGUGAGAAUCUCCUCCUCAGACAGCAUCGAAUCUCUUCUCAUGAGCAACUUUGACCUCAUCAUCAACGACGUCUCAUACCGGGUGGUGGUGCCUGAGGAACAGAAGCUUACCUUGGAAGAGCUAAGUGAUAUGGGAGAUGUCCGCCAGUUGGUGAAUAAACUCUAUAUGGCUCUUAAUGUGGACCAACACCAAGUGAUGAAGGAGAGGGACAUUCUGGCACAGAUUGAAGAUUUGAAGUCAAAAUUGGCACCACUAGAAAAGCAACGGGAUUCCUUGGUUGCAGCUGCUGAGAGACGAACAACUGUUCUUGCUUGGGCUGGAUUGGGGUAUAUGGCACUCCAGUUUGGAUUUCUUGCAAGACUGACAUGGUGGGAAUAUUCCUGGGAUAUUAUGGAGCCUGUCACAUAUUUUGUUACUUAUGGUACAGCUAUAGGAGCAUAUGCCUAUUAUGUUGUCACAAAACAGGACUUUGUUUUGCCGGAGGUACGAGACCGACAAUUCCUCCUCUGUUUUCACAAGAAAGCCAAGAAGCUGGGAAUGAAUGUUGAAAAGUACAACCUCCUCAAGAAUCGAUUGGCCGAAUUACAGAGUGAUUUGCAAAGGCUACGUGAUCCUCUGGCCCUCAACCUACCUCAUUCAGCCCUUAAGGAGCAACCUACUACACAAGCACCUCUUGCUAAAGCCCAGCAGACCAUCAAAAAUUUGUUGGGUAUUAAGGAAGAUAAGUAGCUUUUAUAAUAUGUUAAUCUAGUAAUAUCAGUGGAUACACAGAUUUUACAAAUAGAUUUUAGCAUUUAAGAUGGACAAGUUAAAAGAUGUCCUAGUCCACACAGUUGCUCAGCUAAGUCUCAGCAAUAUGGUACUUCAAAGAGAAAGGGUGAACGAGAAAAGCAAACUGCCAGUUUUGAUAUUAAGUAUAUGGUUAGGAAGUACUUGCAUUAGCUUUAUUGACCAAGAUAAAGGAAGAUUCAAUAAAAGAGACCUUGAUAAAAGAUUCCCUGCAUGUUAUUUUACAAGAGCAACAGUACUUUUUAUUAUAAUAAAGAAUAUAUUAUACUUAAAAUUUAAAUUUCAGUAUCAAAUCCAGAUAUAAAGAAUUCUAAUUUAUCAGAAAAAAAAACUGAUAUGCCUUUCAGAACUAGUGCUGUUCAGGAACUGCGACUUGCACGUGGAAUAAUUUUUAAUACAGCAUGAAUACUUGCCAUGACUAUUAAUGCCUGGGAAAACUGUCUUUAGCAUAUUCAAGUAAAUUAUGAUGUUUAGACUUAAAAUAAAUUACAUAUAAGUACUAGUUCCACUAUAAGCAAAAAGAUGUACAUGAUCUAAACACUGAAUUUUAAGUAUAAAAUGUGUUCAGGGUAGGGAUUCAAGUUACUUAAAAUAUACUAAACAGUAUAAUUUGUUAAUAGAGUAUGCCAAUUUUGACAGCAUUAAAUAAAUUUUGACGAAAGAAAAGCAAUACAAUCAAAAGUCAAAAACAGUGAAGUGAGCCAUACUUUUAUACAGGAAUGUACGACUUUGUGGUAAACACCAGUAUUAAAUAAUAGCACGAGUAUGCUCAGCAAAGGAUUUAAUUGUUAUGCUCUUAAUCGAUUGAGAAGAGUUGUGGUUAACUUUUGAAAAGAAAAAAAGAGAAUAAAUAAUUCAUGGCCUUUCUAUAGAAUUAGCUCUCACCAUAAAUAUUCAUAUUUUCAUAUUUUAUAUGAAGCCUUAAAUCUGGUUUCUUUAUGAAAUAAAGAAAUUUAUCAAAAAAACACAAAUUGACUGAAUUAACCAGUUUCAUACAUUGUGUGUAUAUAUAAAUUAACAAUUAAGAUAUACAUAUAUAUAUAACUUUAAUUAUUUAAUUACACACACACACACACACACACACACACACCACACACACACACACACACACACACACACACACACACACACACACACACACACACACACACACCACACACACACCACACACACACACCACACACACACACCACACACACACACCACACACACACACCACACACACACACCACACACACACACCCCCCACACACACACACACACACACACACCACACACACACACCACACACACACACCACACACACACACCACACACACACACCACACACACACACCACACACACACACACACACCACACACACACACACACACACACCACA